AUGGGAAUCACAAAGGUUGGACCGUUGGACACUGAGGAGGACACCUUCCAUCGCGCCGGGCCGACGCAUAUGAUGUCCAAAGCUGGCGCCGGAUCGAAGAUAAAGAUUGACUGGUCCAAGGAGGGGCACCGCCGGUGCGUUAUGUCCUGCCUUGUCAAAGCCACUUACGUGAUGGAGAACGACAUACUCGGACGAAGGUUAUACAAUAAUGAUGGGCUGGCGCCAGCGUGGUGGGAGAGCUUCGGUUUCCGUUUGGUGGAAACGUUUGUUGACGACUCGAAUCCGAACGACAAGAUGAUCUUCGGCGCCACCUUCGAGCUCAUGGCACUGAGCCGGCACCGGUCCGCCCCACGCUACGUGGUUGCCUUCCGAGGCACCAUGCUAGGUCACUACAAGAGGGCUCAAGAGCUGAUGCAGGACUGCAAAGUCAUAUUCAACGAACUGCGCGGCAGCAAGCGGUUCGAGAUCGCGCACCCCAAGGUCCACCAGCUGAUCGGCAGGGACGCCAGCGGCGUCUGGCUCACGGGGCAUUCCCUCGGCGCGUCGCUGGCGCUGGACAUAGGGCGGGACCUGAUGGAGAUCGAGGGGCACAACAUCCGGACCUUCCUCUUCAACCCGCCGCACGUGUCGGCGGCGGCGCCGAUCGACAAGGUCCUCAAGGGGGACGCCAAGACCGGGCUCUACACCACGAGCUUCAUGCUCAAGUUCGCGCUCGGCCAGGUGAUGGGCUCGUACCGCAAGCGCACCAAGCGGCUUUUCGAGCGGCUCAACCCGUGGGUGCCGGACAUGUACGUGAACCGUAAGGACAUCAUCAGCAUGGGGCAUAUUGAGUACUUCGAGCAGCGGCAGCAGGUGGCCAAGGGCUUCUCCCGCGUCGCCAAAACCGGGUCGAGACUGUCGUACCGUGAUAUGUUCCACUCCAUGUUCGGCGCCAAGACGCUCAAGCCCCACCUGCUGCCGUCGGCGAGGCUCAACUCCAGCACCGACAGUGACGCGCACAGCCUUCGGCAGUGGUGGAAGCCGGAUAGUCGACUGUCGUUGAGCACCAAGACCUACAGCUACCCACACGGCUAA